AAUGGGAACUGCUUGUGAAUGCUCCUGAAAAAGGUUUAGUUUCGAUUCAGUUUAGCUGUUGCAGACCUCGUCUGUUUAUUGGGGAAUUUGCUGACGGCGGGGAAGGGGGCGGCCACAGCGAAGUCCGGAUUUGUUUGCUGUAGAGCGGAUUUACCUUUCGCUUCAGCUAAGAGCAAUAGGCAACCUUCCAGUUGUGUGCACUGUGUGGCAGCUGCUUCCUUUACUAAGAUUAUCGUCUGCGAUGACUGUUUGUGGCCUUCUCGCGCGUGGUCAGGAGCCAGUGCUCUUGAAAAGCAUCUCUGUGGAGGUCCGAGGCUUCGUGGCUGACGAGGUGUCUCAGUUGCGGUACCAGAAUGAGGAGAAGACUCCCGUGGAGGCCACGUUUGUCUUCCCUUUGGAUGCCGAGGCUGCCGUCUAUGCCUUUGAGGGCCUGAUUGGUGGGACGCGGAUUGAGGCCCAGAUCCGAGAGAAGAAGCAGGCAGAGCAGGAAUAUGAGGAUGCCCUGAGUGAAGGUCAUGAGGCUUUCUUGCUCGAAAGGGACAGAAAUGCCAGCGAUAUUUUCACCUGCAGCCUGGGCAACCUCCCUCCUGGUGGGGAGGCAACACUGAAGCUGUCCUACGUCCAGGCAUUGUCUCCAGAACCUGAUGGGGCCUUACGCUUUGUCCUGCCCGCUGUCCUCAACCCCUGCUAUGUACCUCGAGGCUCAGAAGGUGACACUGUCACACAGACCAUACCACGAGCACCCAAGGAGCAGCUUCCCUAUACGUUGGGUCUCAGCGCCACAUUGGAGUCCCCCUAUGGCAUCAACCGCAUGGCAUCCAGCUGCACCCUCGGGCCCCUGCAGUACACAAAAGAAGACCGUACAGCUGCCAAGGUCUCCUUGGCUGAAGGGCACCAGUUUGACCGAGAUGUGGAGCUGCUGAUACAUUAUGAGGACGUUCACAAGCCCAACGCCCUCCUAGAGGCUGGGAAGCCGGGGGCUGCCCCUGGCUCGCUGAUGGGGGACCCAGCUCUACUGCUCAUCCUGUAACCCAGUGUCCCUGCCCCAAAGCCAGGCCAGAACACUACAGGAGAAUUCCUCUUCCUGCUGGAUCGCUCUGGCAGCAUGUCUGGCAACGUGGAGUAUAGCUGUGAUUCACCACAGCGCAUAGAUAAUGCCAAGGAGACCCUGCUUUUCCUGCUGAAGAGUCUCCCUCUCGGAUGUUACUUCAACAUAUAUGGCUUUGGAAGCACAUAUGAUUCAUUCUACCCGCAGAGUGUAGUGUACACACAGCAGACCAUGUCAGAAUCUGUCCAGUGUGUGAAGGAGCUACAAGCUGAUUUGGGGGAGACAGAGAUUCUGGAGCCUCUGAAGGGCGUUUACAGCCAGCCAUGCCAGGAAGGAUAUCCUCGCCAGCUCUUCGUGUUCACCGACGGAGAGGUGCACAACACAGACCAGGUUAUUGCUGAAGUUCGCCGUCACAGCAGCUCUCACAAGUGCUUCUCCUUUGGCAUUGGCCAAAGUGCCUCUACAGCCCUGGUCAAAGGCAUCGCAAAAGCAGCUGGUGGCAGUGCUGAAUUCAUCACGGGGAAGGAGCACGUGCAGGCCAAGGCCCUGCAGUCUUUGAAGAAGGCCCUGCAGUCUUUGAAGAAGGCCCUGCAGCCAGCAGUGACAGGGAUCUCUCUCAGCUGGGACUUGCCUUCUGGUCUGGAGGCUGUGCCUGUGGGGUCAGGACCUCGAGUCAUCUUCCAGGGGCAGCGCUGCCUCAUCUAUGCCCAGAUCCGUGGGCAACAUCAGGCAACAGGCACAAGCGAAGUCACCCUUCCCGGAAGUCCCUUUCAGUACACUUUCCAAGACCAGACUUUCACAGAGAAUAUGAAGUUUCCACUUCAAGUUCAGCAAAGCGAUAGGCUUCCUGUUCACCGUCUGGCAGCUCAGGCUCUCUUGCAGGAACUGGAGGGUGCCGGGGAGAAGGAAGAGGCAAAGCAGCGCCUGGCGCUGGAGACGAGCCUGAGCUCCGGGGUGGUGUGCUCGCAGACGGCCUACGUGGGGGUGAACCCGGAGCAGGGCAAGCCUCUUCAAGGUCCCCCUAUCCACCGACCAAUUCUCCUUGCAUUGUGCUACGCUGCAAGGCCAAUAAGAAUGAAAAAGAAAGCCUGUCUUUACGAAGUAGAAGUGGAGUGCAUGUUGAUGAGUGAUUCUUCCACGUUUGGAGGUGAAUCCCCUCCAGGGAGCCCCCAACUUCGAGAAACAGAAAACGAUGGUGGUCCCACCACAGUGAAACACGAAUCGCCUCUCUUGACCCUGAUGUCCCUGCAGAAUGCUGAUGGCUCCUGGCCUCUUGAUUCUGGCCUGGCCAGCACUCUCAAUCUGAGUGAGUCUGAGAUCUCAAGCAAAACACCAGCACAGGUGAUCCCGAACGCAUGGGCAACAAUGUUGGCCAUCAUCUGGCUCCACUCCAGUGCCAUGGAGCAGAGAGAUGAGUGGGAACUACUGGAAGCCAAAGCUCUCAGCUGGCUCCGUGCAAACACAGGGCCUCAGCUGGCUGAAUGUGUGAAGGCUGCCAAUGAUCUGCUGGGAGCUAGUGUAACCCCCCAAGGUUUUGGCCUCUGAGCUGCACUAUGUAACCUUGUGCCUUAAGUUUCUGCUUCUCUCUCUCUUUUGCUCCAUGCCGCCUCCUGCUUGGACCAUUGUUAUUUCUUGAUAGUCCCUUAGUGCAGGGUUGGCUUUCAGUAGAUUGUGGCCUACUGGUUGGCUGCUGGCAAUUUCUGGCAGAUUGCUGUGCUUAAGGUUGUUUUAUUUUACUGCAAAGGCUGCCAUGCCUCACGUAGAGUACUGCGUCCAGUUCUGGGCACUGCCGUUUAAGAAGGAUAUUGACACAUUGACACCAGAGGAAGGCAACAAAUUGGAGAGGGGCCUGAAGACCAGCACCUGUGCAGAACAGUUGCAAAAGCUGAGUAUGGUUAGUCAGGAGAAGAUAAGAUUUAAGGGGAGAUGGACCCAGCUCUUGUGACUGCUCUUCUCAAGGUCUCUCUCCACCUUUGUCCUGGACUUUUUUUUAAAAAAAAAGAAUUAUUAUUUAACAAAAUGUAUGUACCACUUGAUUGUAAAUCGAACCUCUAAGUGGUUUACAAAACAUGGAGCAAAGAUUAAAACUGGCAGUAAGAGACAGAAGUUAAAAAUGGGAAAUUUAAAAAAAACCCUCUUCAAUAAGCUAAAAACAGAUUAAAGCACUUGUAGACUUCUACAUGGCUGGAUAUGCUUGGUUUUCUGUUGCUCCAGAGGACAGGGCUAAAACUAAUCAGUGGAAAUGAAGGAAAGCAGAUUGUGGCUGAACCGUAGGAGAAACAUCUUAAUGGCAAGAGCUGUUUCAUGGUGGAACAGACCGUCUCAGGAAGUGGUGGGCUCUCCUUUGCUAGAGGUACUUCAGCAGCAGCAGGUUCCUGCCCUGGGUUGGAUUUGAUGUCCUCAAAAGUCCCUUCCAGUUCUAAAAUUGUAUGAUUCUGUGCACCAUGGUUUGACUUAGCAAACUACUUAAAUUGAGAAGAGAGUACUCUGAAUCAACCCAGAGUAGUUUAUUUGUUUAACAACAUUUAUCAACCCCUUAACUGCAACUAAAACCUCUAAGCUGUUUUAUGCCUUAACUGUUACAAGCUCCUGAUUAUGCAAGUUUUGCACAUAUCAGUUGCUUAUGUUUUUUGUUGCUGUUUUCUGCAGGGGUGGGGGAUGGAAAUAGAGCAUGCAAGCCUGAAGUCAGCCCACUGUGUCCCAUUCUGUCUCCUCAGCAAUGGCAUGGCAGUAUUUUCCCUCACUCAAGAUGGCUGCUGUGUCCUCCAAUCCUUGUCAGCCUUAUCUCAGCAAGCCUAGCAAUCUUUCUCCAGUAAUCCUUACAGAAUACUGGCUUGUGAAGCUUGGCGAGAAUGGUCAUAUCUUUACCACUUUUCUAUGUGUUAAAGUGCAACAUGAACAGACUAGAUAGAGAAUAAAGCCCUGGUGGGUAGAUAAUAGGUUAAGAUAUCUGAAGGAUAGGGGAGAUGUGAAUGUCAAACUUGGCAUGUGGUGGAAAAGAAGCAUUCUGUUUGCUGUACCCAGUGACUGGCUCAGGUUAAACUAUAUAAAAACAAUGUGUGUCCGUAUGUAUCUUUCUGGGUGUUUUGUGCCGUGUCCAGGGGAGGAGUGUACGGGUUACUUACAAGACUUGCCACCCCCAUCUUCCACAAACCUGUCUGGCUCCAUAUCUGGGUCAGGAGCAAGACUUGCUAGUGAAGUCAUCGUUUAGGUUUCAAUCCCUAAACAUGGAAACUCGAGUUGUUUGUUUCCUUUAUUUGGGGGUGGGUGCAUGAGAUCCUUUCAUAAAUGCACUGUUUGUGAGAGAAUUUGCAGUCAUGCCAUUUUUAUGCAACAACACUUCAUUAUUAUUAUUAUUAUUAACAUUUUUUUUAAAGUUAGGAAUAUCGCAGAUGUCUGCUGUUGGAAGAUGUACUUCAAAUGCAGGGAGCAUGGAGUGCACAUGACAUGCCAUGGAAAGACUAACAGAAAGGUUGAGUCCAGAAUGACCCACUGCACAUGGAAGCAUAAUGAGUAUCUCAUUCUAGGGAGCACUGAAAGGAAUAAAUGACAAGCUGGUAAAUCACAAUAAGCACCACGACCCUGUGCUAUGAAAAAUAGGAAAAAAUAGGAUUGGUUGCAUUGUGAUUGGUUAGAAAAGGGACUGGAUGGGUGGAGUAAACAGCAUUGAUGUACCAGGGAAUGGGAGCACUGGCCAUAAUAGAGGGAUGUUACUGAUGAUUGAGAAGGGAGGCUGGUGUUUCGCAUGGGGUAUAGGCAUAGCUGGAAAAGUCUUGGGUGCUCAGGCACAUAAUGGGAUACUAAAUCCUUUGGUGGUUGCAGAGGCACAUGCAGAAACAAAGUGAGUUGGCAUCCAGGAAUUUGUUACACUUUCUUAACAGCCUCAGAGGUAAGUGUUCCAUGAUGAGGGCAAGGCUGGCUCAAGAUAUAGGCUGCCCUAGGCAGGGAGGAUGGUGUGGGGAAUGUUCUCCAGAGCCCCUUUGAUAUUGCUGAGCUGGCCAUGCUGGAAACAGUUCAAGGGAACAGACUCUGUCCAUUGCCUGGUUGUCAUACCUUGAAUUAUGUCACUCUAGGUAGCUGCCUGUGUGUAAAUCAAGAUGGAUUUAGAUUAUGCAAAGUCUCGCCACCAACCUAUGAUUGUUUUCAUUUUGCUCUUACCAAGGAAUGGGAUUUCCAUAGAGCUAGAUCAUAUUGAAAAGGACAGUUUUCUCUAUCAUGCUGUUGGCAGGCAAACUUUUUUUUAAUGGAGAUCACAAAGUUGAAUGCAUCAAAAUUAAUUGAAUGGAUAGUAGGCAACAGUUGCUUCCAUGAGCCUGUUGAUAGUGGCCACCAGAUGGCACUCUGCUCUUGGAGAAUGUGGGGAUCCCCAGUAUAUCAAGAUAGCUACAUUUUUUUUUAUUUAAGAGUGUCCUGGGCAUGGAUAGGAAUACUUUGCAUAACAAACUGCUGAGAUACCAAAACCAAAAAGAUAAACAAGUCCAGCCAUUUGUACGUAUGCCCAGCAUGGUCCAGUAGACAGCAGGCUCAAUGGGAGUUUGUGUUUUAGCUUUUCUUUCACUCUUUUCCCCCCACCCCCUCCACCUUCCUUACAGUCCACAUAUCCUGUAUUCCAUUGUAUUCCCUCUUCUGUUUUACUAGAGUAACACAUGCCUCUGAUAACCAAACACCUGGGUUCCUACCAGAAACUCUCCUGCUAUAACUCGGUGCCACAUUUGAUGGGUAGUUCCUCUGCUGAUCGGAUAGGAAGCCAACUUUGCCAAAACUCACUUAAGCCAGCCCAAGGAUUUUUGUGUUUGGAAAAGCUAAUAAAAUGCCUGACUGUAGAACAAGAUCAUUUCAACCACUUUUGAGUCCACGUGGUUGCACCCUUAGGUGGCCAAAUGUGGAAAAGGUCCGAGCUCUUGCCCCUUUCGUAGCAGGGAGGAGAGGGGAUUUCAGCAGAUGUAGCUUUUCUUGCAAGCUAUAUCUACUCAAAUCCUGGUUUCUAGACAGCUUUUAAAGGUACAGUAAUUCUAAUAUUUUCCUCUUUCAACAAGCCUUUUAGGUUGAGACCUAUCCCAGUCUGCGUCUCUGUUAGAAUGGCUUAAUAUAUUUUUAAUGUUUUUAACCCUUUUAAAAAGUUUUUUUUUAAAUGUUUUUGACGCUGUUUUGUUUUAAUGUAUUUUAAGAUCUGUUUUUAUGAUGUUUUAGAGUGUUUUUAGUGCUUUUGUUUGCCGCCCUGGGCUUCUGCUGGGAGGAAGGGCGGGAUACAAAUUAAAUAAUAAAUGAAUAAAUAAUAUCUGUUAUCUAGCCAACCUACUGGGAUGGCCACAUAAUACACCACCGAAAAAGAGAAAAUGCCUCACUAAAAAUAAGUAAAUAAUGGCAAAUAUUUGCAUGAAAUUUACAUAUGCUAAUAUAAAGAUACAGAUUUACACAUAAUUAUUGUAAUUCAAAUAAAAAUAUGUAUCACCCAUGGUGGGGAAGCCUGUGACCUGUGUGCCUACUCACCCUGCUACGCAGCCUCACUAUUGAUGACAGGCAACUUCAAGGCUCCUCAUGCUCGCCAUUCUUACAGUUCUUUAUCCUUACCCUUAAACUGGGCUUGGACCAGACAGCCCUUCAAAUAGAGGGAUCCUUCAAACAGAGGACCAUCCUCUAUAAAGGACAUCUGAUCAUCAGAGAUGUACCAUCUCAACUGCUCAUUGUGACUGGUAGAAUGAUUUUCCUCUUCCUUGGACUUAUUUAUGGCUAACGGCUGAAAGGUGCAGUGCAAAACUGAGGCUUUGGGCCUGCUUCAAAUAUAUGCCUACGGUUUAGAACUGAGCAACUGCCUCACGGAAAUCCUAGGCUGGCCAGAUUGUCUGUUCUGCACUGCUAUACUCUGGUGGGGUUACUUCAGCAGUCUUUAGUCCUUGCAGACUUGGCACCCACAUUUAACCCAAGCAUGCGUUUUGGGGCACACAUCUUAAUUUUUUUUACCACAUAUUUGUGUGGUGGUAGUGCUAACGGUGCAGCCCAUAAGGCUGCAUCCCAGUAGUAGAUCUCAACACACCAAUUGAAGACCAGUGGCCUAUUUGAAGCUCCUCACAUAGAGUGACUGUUUUGCCUAGUUCCUAGAGAGUCCAGUUUUUUUUGCGGAGGGGUGUUAGACUGCAGUUUGGAGAGUUGCUGGAAAGGCUGACUUCUUCAAUAGUGUUGCGUGCACCCCAGUCUCCAAGCACUGAGAGACUUCCAAAGGUUCCUGCACUUACCCAAGGUUUGGUUUCCUUGGAACGAAGGUCAGCAGAGACAGUGGUGUUUUAUAGGAUAUAUGGUUUUUAUUUACACAUAUAUACGGCCUGAGCAUAAAAUGGAGGGGUUCUCAGAUUACAAGUCCACAAGAUCUGCCCACAGCUUUGGGAGUACAGAGAUCAAGCAAGUCUCUGUUUCCAGUUCCCAGACUUUCCUCUGAUGCACAAACUACUUCCUUGAUGGGGGAAAGGUCCCUCUCCUGAAAGAGAUCUUAAUGACCCACAUUGCUUUCCUGGCUGAUUCUUACACUUGUUAAUGGGGAUAUUUGACAGACUUGGCUGAAUCCAUUAACAUAUGAAAGGAACAAGUCUGACCAGGAGAGCAGGUUUCUUCCUUGCAGAUUCCCAAAUGUGAUGCUGGAAGGAGACCCACAGAAAUCAUCCAUCUCAAUUCCAUAACAAUACUAACUAUGAGUUUGAGAGUUACCUGCUCCAAGUGCAUUUGAUAAGGAACUUCUUUUGACUCCAUCCAUCCCAAUCUUCCAGAGCAGUCCCUUCCAUUUUUAGUUGUUUUUGGAAUAAGCUAUGUUGCCUGCUCCUGUAGAUGUUUUCUCAGAGAACAUAUCACACGGAAAGUGGGAUUGGACCAAGAUGGAGGUGUGAAAACUGGAGGGAGAAAUAUCAAUAAUUUAAGAUAUGAAGAUGAUACCAUACUACUAGCAGAAAUCAGUAAUGAUUUGAAAUGAACAGCAUUACCACCAUACAAAUAAAUGGACAAAAAUUAAGAAAUGGGCCUCCAACUUCAUGUUUGGAUCCUGGGUCUGAAAAGGUUGAAGACUACUGGGUUAAGCGUGGUCACCUCUUAACAUUACCUUGCAGUUGUCCUUGAGUUGCCUACCUACACCACCACUAAGUGUUAAGAGCCUCCGUCCAACUUGAGUAGAACACAGGAAGCUGCCUUACCCAAAGUCAGUCCAUCACUUCAUCUAGCACACUAUUGUUGACAUUGAUUGGCAGUGACUCUCCAGGGUGUCAGGCAGGACUGUUUUCCAGCGGUACGUGGAGAUGCUGGGGAUUAAGCCUGAGACCUUUUGCCUGCAGAACAUGUACUCCACCACUGAGCUGCAGCCCC